AUCAGAUCUCAUCUCUUCAUUCUCAAAAAAAAAAAAAAAACAAUAAUGGCGAAAGUUGCAGGACUAAUCAAGCUUCUCCUUGUGGUUUCCGUUGUUCUAGGGUUGGCAGGCUACGGCGCGGCGCAAGAGGCGGCGGCGUCAGGGGGGAAAACAGAGGUGAGUGACGUGAAGAGCAACGCGGAGGUUCAAAAUCUGGGGAGGAAAGCCGUAAUGGAAUACAACAAGCGCCUGAACGUGAAGGUGAAUCCUGAGAACAAUGCGAAGAGGCUGGUUUUCACGGAGGUGAUCAAGGCAGAGAAGCAGGUGGUGGCCGGAGAGAAGUACUUCCUCACCAUCAAGGCCACCUCCGAAGACGGCCAGACCAAGACCUACGAGUCCGAGAUGUGGGUCAAGCCCGGUGAUGAUACUGUUCAUGAGAUGCUCAACUUUGCACCCGCCGCCGCCGCAUAAAAUUGAUAUUUUUGUUUUCUGGUCAGUCCGCCGCCGUGGCGUGGCGGCUGGUGUUUUGUUAUGUCAUACAUGCAUGCAUGCGCAGUAGGUAGUGUAGUAGUCCCCGGCCGGUUAGGGUCCUUCAAUGCCAGAGAUGAAUUGAAGAUGGAUAAAUAAUGCUAGCUUCAACAUUUUGUAAUGGCAUUGUUUUAUAUAUAUAUAAUUUAAAAACAUAAAUAAAAUAUUAACAUUAUUUUUUGACUUA